AUGAAGGAGGUUGCGUUUUGGACUUCACUGGACUUCACUUGCCGCCUGUUGGGGAUUGCCACUGGAGCAGUGCUCAUUGGGGUAGGCACUGAGACGCUGCUGCAGGGGCAGUUCAAAAGCUUGGCAGUCUACUUGCUUUUUUCAGGCGUAGCCGUUUCGGUCUAUGAAGCAGCGUACUUCGCCAGCCUGCUCCUGACAGCCUGCUCAGCCCUCCCUGCGGGAUUCACGAUGCAUGCAUGCUGGAAGGAAGUCAGACGUUGCAGGGCCUUCCAGAAGUUCCUGGCCUAUGUGCUGCUAUCAGUAGCUUGCUUCCUGCACCCUGUUCUUGUUUGGCAUGUCACAAUCCCAGGAACAAUGCUGGUGCUUACUGGUUUGGCCUAUUUCCUACUCAGCAAGCGGCACAAAGAAACAGCAGCCAAUGGACAACCGGGCCAAUGCAGCGACUCCUGCCACGCAUCUGCCGCAGAGAUGGGCGUAGAAGACAUGGAGCAAACAUACACCUUCUCCGGAGGAGCAUGCAGAGGGCAACAGGACUCCCUCCUUGGAUAUGUACGGAGUAUCCUCAGAAGCGGCAACAACCAGGAAAGCGCAGUGAACUCCUCCAACAUACUAAUGGCAAGGAGGCAGGUGCACUUUGAGGAGAAGGUGGUGAACCUUGUCCUCUCCGUCCAAGAGAAUACCGGGAGCCUGUCUGAGGAAAACAUGUCUGACACAGCCCCCAUCCUUGGCCCUGCACCUGUGACAUCCCCAUAG